UGUCAGUUUGUGUGCGGUGACAGACAACCAUCCGUGCGCUAACAAAUCAUCUGUAGGUAGAGACUAUGGAAGAAAUCAAUAACAUUGAAGUGGUUCCGUGCACAGAGUCCGACUAUCUGAAGCCGUUCAGGGUGCACUAUAACCAGAAUGGUACAAAGAAAUCCUGGGACUUCAUGCGAACCCAUGACAGUGUAUCGGUGCUGAUCUUCAACACCACCUCUCACUGUUUUGUCCUUGUCAAACAGUUUCGUCCAGCUGUGUACAUGUGUGAGUGGGAAAAGGCCAAGACACAGCCGCCUCAGGCUGCAGAGAAAAGCGAGGAGGGGGCAGCCGAAGCCGCCGCCCCCGAGCCUCAGGAGGGCCAGGCGGCCUCAGAGGGGGACAGCUCCUCUCCGUGGCCCCCGGCGUCGGCGGGGGUCACCUACGAGCUCUGCGCCGGGCUAGUGGACAAACCUGACCUCUCCUUGGAGGAGAUCGCCCGGCAGGAGGUGUUGGAGGAGUGUGGCUAUGAUGUGCCAGCAUCCAAACUGAAGAGGAUCACUUCUUACAGGUCGGGUGUAGGAGUAACAGGUGCUAAGCAGACCAUGUUUUACGCCGAGGUGUCGGACGACAACUGCGUGAGCGCAGGCGGAGGUGAGCCGAGGGAGGGAGAGCUCAUUGAGGUGGUCAAAGUCCCGCUGCACGAGGCCAUGACGUUCGCCUACAACGAACGUAUACCCAAAACCAUGGGCGUCAUAUUUAGUUUCAUCUGGUUCCACAAUAACAUGUCUCCCAAGUACAAGAUCUCUACCAACGUGUAACCACCCCCUUUCUACUGUUUUCCCUCAAAUUAAACCAAACACUGGUCCAGCACAUUCAUCCCCCUGACAGCUCUUCAUCCUGUAUUGCCUUUAUGCUUAUUGGUACAUGAUGGAGGGCAGUUUCCUUGUCUCUAUACCAGCAGGUAUCUUUAAGUUUUGUCUUGUUUACCUUUUAAAUUUUUAAUUAACGCAAAAUUUGCCAUAGCUGGUUGUCACUGGCACUUCCUUCUUGUCUUUCUAUUUUUUUUUUUCUUUUUUUGUCGCUAAUUGUUUAAUCGACUGUGCCAUCUGUCAUAAAUGGCCGCAUAUCGCUAAUUUUAUUUGUCUACUUUUGAUUAAAGGAAUGCUCCACUGCUGUAAAACACCUGCAUUUAUAGACAUCAGGUGCACCGAAGACAAAGCAAUAUUUUUGCUCACAUUCUAAUUCAAUCAUUUGUACAAAACUCCAUGAAUAAAAAUAUCAUGUGACCCUGGUUUGCUCUCAUUUCAACAUGAAAUUGUACCUCAGCACCAUCCCAACACGUACAGAUUAAACAUUAGGACUCAGUGGAGUAUUCCUUUUCAGCCAUGAUCCAGUAAUGCAAAAACUCUGCUAGUCAGUGGUGGGGCCUUGUAAUGAUCAGAGAGAUUGGUGAGUUUUAAGCACCACUUAUACAGGCAUUAAUUUAGCCUUUUAAACAACCUUUAUCACAGGAUAAAACAAUCGGUGUCAAUUAAAUCAAUUUCACAAUAACAAUACUUUAUUCUACAUGCAAGUAAAUCUGGAUUUAAGUACUAUUUCACUACACAGAAGGCACCUACCUCUGCACCGAGGGUCCGAUUUCCACUUUUUGUGUCAUUGUUCUUAAGCACAAUCUUGCUUUAAGUAAAGACGUAACACACUUUAAUUCUUUUCAAACAAGAUAUAUUUGUGAUGAUCCAUGAUGUGAUAAAAACACUCACUUUAGACAACAAUACCGCAGAUACGAUGACUACCUUUGCAUUACAACCAAGCAACUUCUCUACAGCUCAUUUGUCUGUGUUACGUUUUAAUAAAGUUUCAAAGGACUUGAGCCCGACAUAGAUUAGUAUUUAUUUGGGAGGUCCAGUGUAAAUACAGUAGUGGGAAAAAAAGUUUUCAGACACCUUUAAAAUUUUACCUAAUCUCAAAUAUUGUCUUGAAAUAGCUGUGGAAAAUUCUUUUUUUGUGUUUCAAAAGGUUUGACUGUGUCAGACACACACAAAUAAAUGCGAUUUUUUUUUUCCCCUCUUAUUGGUAACAAGAAAAAAUAAAACUAAUAUCUUGACAGUUUCAGCAUGUCAUGUCCUGGAUGUGUUUCAGUAUCUUGCUGAAAUAUCCCGUUUCCAUCCAGGGAGCAUGUGGGUUUAGAGAAUAGAACAAAAUUUGACUGAGCUUAAUAACUUAAUAGUGAAUCUUAAUGGAAUACAUCACAAAUGUAGGGGGUGUCCAAAAACUUUUUUUCCAUUACUGUAAAUGAUACGAUAAGAUAUCUCUUAAAAUAAACCUUGCAGUUUGCCAAAAUCUCAGGUCCAAAUAGUCAAACUCUUAGUCAUCUUUAGGAAUGAUGACAACCAGCAUGUUACUUAAAAAUCACGAUAACUUAUCUUUAGACAACAACAUUCUUACUCUUCUUAUUCUGUGUUAAUGUUUUCAUCUACUAAGGGCUGGUACUUAAUUUAUAAUGUAAUAUGUUAAAAGGAAGAAAUUCCCCCUUCAUAGACAGUUUUUUUUUUUGUUUUUGUUAAAUAUAUGCAAGUGCUGAAGUAAAGCACAUUCCCACAUGUCAUUAUGUGCAGUAUACAUUUCCACAGUAAGAUGAUACAGAAAACCUCGCUGGAAGAUCUGCUACUGUGACUGUACAUGAAAAUUCACUAAUCUGGAAACUUCGAGCUGCAUGUGUUGAGUUUGGAAGUUUGGAGUUGUAGAGUUGCAGGUGUUCUGGGACCUAAGAAAGAAUGAAAGAAAAUAUGCUGUAUUGUAAUGAUACCAGCUUAUUUGUGAGUUUCAAGUAUUAAGUGCAAUGUUAAAGAGCUAGAGAUGUGUGUAAUCAAACUGAGGUUAUGUCCACACUAAUAGGUUUUUGUUUGCUGAGUCUCAACCACAUUAGCCAAUGUUUUAACCUCCUGAAAACUGAGACUUCUUGGAGCACGGCUGACCCUGUGUUAGUGUAUAAAUUCUGACUUUUUGAGCAUGUGUCACUAUAUAUCCUUCUCAGAUUUGUUGUACUCGGUUCAUGUGACAUCACCUUGGACCACCAGCUAUUAAUUCAUGGUAUCAUUUCACCAUGACACUACUGCUUAUAUUUGCUGCAGGAAUGCUCUUAUUUGAACAAUAUUUAUGAAGCUUUGCCAAAAUACUAGAGUGAACAGAAACCGUAUUAGUGUGGAUGUACGUUGAAAUGACCGGGAUUACCUUCUCUGCUUUUACUAUCCAGCUGAAACAUGAUUAGUGUUGUUUUUAAGGAUUUUCCACAACAGGAAAAAGCUGACAAUCAAAUGUCAAUGUUCAAAGGUCAUCUCAUUUUGCCCAUAAAACCUUUUAUUUUCGGUUAGUUGGCUGGUGAAGUGUCUGUUUGCGAUUCUCCUAGAGGUGUUGUUUUUCCCACUUGCACACACCAACUCGGUUAGAAUAAAUCACAGUCAGUAGAACUUUUACUAUAUGAAAGGGCAUUUCCUUUCGAACUGUGCAGCCAUAUCUGAUUUAACUAUAAUAUUAUUCCUUGAUGCAGGAUUGUGUAGUUUUGCUUGAGCCGAACUUAUUUUGCUAACUUUUGAGAAAAAAAAACAGAGAUCAAUAACAGAUUAAUUUAUUUAUAUUCUGUCAAGAUUAAUGACACACAUGAUCCAGUUGUUGAGUACAACCUGUAUGUUCUUGUGCUGGAGACAUGUUAAGUUCAUUAUCAGGUUUCUUUGGAAAAAUGUGUAAAGCACCUUUGGAAACUGGACUCUGGACUGGUUUGUUUAUGUUACGAGAAGCGUGAACAUAUAAAUCAGUGCAAUAAUGGACACACAUCUUAGCAGUAACAGGGAAGUGUAACAACUUAACAUGUCUUUAUAGUAGUUAUGCUUCUUAUUAAGUCUUUCAGAAGUAGGUUAUUUUAACCUCAUUCUUAUGAAAUUAGUGACCUCAGUCAAUAAGCCUCCUUUUUUUUACUGACCCUCAAUGCGACAAUCUUCCUUUAGGUUGUACAGGAAUCAUAGAAUAUCAGAGAGAAGUUUAAUGGAGGGACUUUGCUGAAAGAUUUCCAAUGGUGCUCACAGUUUUCCAUAGUUUUUGUUUAGUAUAAUGUGUGUCAUGAUUAAAGAUAUGUUAGCCAUAAUCAUCCCAAAUGUGAAGGAAAAAAGUUACUAAUAUUUGAUCUUUAUAUUUUCAACAAAACCUUGUGCUGAAGUGAGCCCAACUGCUUCUGAUUAGGCUUGAUGUAAAAUUGUUAUAAAAGCCAUUUUUAACAUUUAAGGCCAGUCUGUCACUUUAUGUGCCUGUCGAAUGUGGAGAAACGCCAUGUGUUGACUUUUUUUUUUUUUAACCUAGUAAUUUUUUCUAAGGAAAGCCGUUGCUGUGUGACGCCAGUGAGCGGGGCCUUCAUAGAUCUCCACUGUGACCUGAAACGCAGACAUGCAGUGCUAUUUAUGACUGAAAACAAAAGUGACACCCAUUAAAAAUACACCUACGAGUGGGAGGGAGCAAGUCGGACAGCUCUUGACUUGUGGAGCAUGCAACGUUUGGAUUUUAGCCAGAUUAUCACACAGAAUUCAUUCGCUAAAAGAAGCGUUUCAGGUUCGGCCUGUUCAAGUGGAUUUGUACUCUAGAAACCUGGUUGGAUAUAAGAUAGAAAAUAACAUAAAGCCCAGACCUGUAUUUUAUUUUAGUUUAGACCCAAACUGCAGUCUAUUUUAUGUUUUUUUUUUAUUAAUGUCUUAGUCAAUUAAAAAGUGGCUGAGCAUGUUUUUAUCAUUUAUUUUGUUGGAAAUGAUUAAUGAUCUGUAAAAAAAAAAAAAAAAACCAAAAAAUUUGACAGUAAAAAUCAAAAUAAUGACAGAAGUAAAUCUCUUUUGACAGAUUGAGGUUGCAGACUGUGCCCUUAGUAAGCCAUACUUCUGUUGAAUACAAGGCUAAUAAUAUUUGAGGUAAGUAAAUGGUUGUGUAAUUCAUUCUUGCCUAUGCAGGAUGUUACCAUUAACCUGGCGUUGGACAUUUUCUACCUCCAUCACUCAGGCACAUAAAAAUAGUUUAAUCGCUUAACUCUCAGUGGUUCUUCUCUGUGACAGAAUAACUUCAAUCACUGGUAUCAGAUUUUUAUAGAUGUACCCCCAUGGCUAUGCUGUAGUUGCUUCUUCGACUGUGACUUGUUUUUCUUUUUUUUAUUAUUAUUAUUAUUUCUUUUUUUGUUGGUUUGUGCACUGUUUCACAAUUUCUUACUGUAUUUUCAGGCACCUUGAGCUGAGCCACAGUAAAUCAUGUCAGUUUUUAAAGGUGUUACGUGUAGUAUUCUCUAAUUACUGUUAAAAUAUAACCUUAACCAGCUUAAAUAAGCAUUUUCCCAUAAAGUGGGAGCUGAAUAUUUAAAAUGAGCAGGGAAUGAGAUGAAUCAGAAUAGCAGUUGUGACUGUACAGUGUAGCACAUUUGUUCUAAUGCAAAAUUCAGUGAAACUCCUACACAUAACACCUUUAAAUGACUUUUUUUCAUGGUGACAACAUAAACUUGUCCAAUUGUGAUUCUUCUUUCUUUCUGGUGUCUUAAACUGAAUUUGUGUUUUUAAAAAAAUAUUUUCUGGAGAAAAAAAGUACAAACAUAAGCAUCACAACUUUACGGAUUUAUCAUGUAAUUUAUGCUUUAAUAAGAGUGUAGACUCAUUGUGGGCCGUGUUUUCAGUAAUGUUUCAGAUUUGUUUAUUUAUUACAUAAAUGUUGAAAUAUUUAACUUUUAAAACAUGACACUUGGUACAAACUUACAGUAUAUAUUUAAAUAUGAUACUUUGCAUGUGUACUAACUGUGUUGGAUUAAACUGCAUUACGUUGAAAUAAAAUGGGUGUAAUGCCCAAAAUAUA